AUGAACGAUCACAAUAACCAAACAAGGCGAUCCGAGAAGGAAAAUACCACCGAUCCGAGUAGUAGUAGUAGUAGCACCAGCAGCACUUGUAAUUUCUCCAAUAGAAACAAUCCUUCCACCACUCCUUCUUCUUCUUCAUAUACUCUCUUCAAUCCAUCUUCAUGUUCUUAUUGCUAUCAUUCCAAAUUGGAUAGCCUUUUGAGUGAUUAUCUUCCGUGCUCGAGUCGGGAUCUCCGAGAAUAUUAUGGAACCGAGCACUUUGUUGAGUUGUGUUCGAUUUUGGCCACAUCAUGUUGUAACACGAAAGAACAACAGCAAUAUUAUAAUUCCUUCAUGAAUAAGAACUUUUCAUUGGGCUCACAACUCACUGCAUCUUCGCAACAGGAGAUUGAGAAUACAGUGGUGGCGAAUCUAUUUGUGUCACCAACAGAGAGACAAGCCAUGGUGAAUGCAAUCACUCUCAAGGCGAUCAAAUUGGUGAUCGAUCCAAGUACGGCCAAAAUUGCCUUAAAUUUUCACCCUCGUUUUGAACAUUCACUUGGUUUUUUACCUGGUCGAACCUUUGUGGUGAUGGGAAAUAAUGAGAGCAAUUGUUUGGGAUGCUCCACUCAUGAAUGGCUCAAAUUUAUAACUGGUGACACUGGCUUAGAACUUAAAAAUCCACAAACCAUGUUCUUACCAGAGAACUUUGAGGAUGAUCAAGAGGAUUUGUUUGAAAGCUUAAAGUUGUCACCAAAAAUUUAUUCAAUCAGUGACAGCAGUUCUGAAAUUGAAUUUGUUUCAACGGGUCAUGAUUUUAGUAUUUUUCUGUUUAAGUGUGGAUGUAUUGGAUUGUGUGGAACAUGGUCUGAAGGAUCUGCUCCAUUAUUUCGCUAUACAUGGUCAAAACCUUUGAAAACUGUUUGUCCUUCAAUGUUUGCCACUUUUUUCAUAUCAAGUGACUGCAAAUCCAUUUACUCAUGGGGUUUUAAUUCUCAGGGUCAAGGAUCCACUAAAGUGGGUGAUGCAUUUGUUUUACCACGGCGAGUUGAUCCAAAUUUGUACAAUAAUGAAUCGAUCAAAUUGGUAAAGAUUGGCUCUGAAAAUUCAUACCUGAUCACAGAAAAUGAUAAAUUAUUCGUUUCUGGAUGUAACAGAAAUCAUGAAUUAGGAAUUCCAUGGAAGGAUAUUACAGAAGGAAAUGACAAUGACACUACUACUUUUCACUUUGAUUACCCAAUUCAAGACAACAUUCUCGAAUUAAUUAAGGAACGAAAAAUCAUUUCUCAAUUUACACAAAUAGACUAUUUACCGAAAAAUAUAACUCUUGUCGAUCUCAGUAUUGGAGAAAAACAUGUAUUUGUUUUGACUGGAGAUGGUGAAAUCUACUUUACUGGACAAAAUUCACAUGGUCAGCUUGGUUAUGAAGACAUUACCGAACAAUGGACAUUCCAAAAGCACAAAUGGACUGACGAAAACAAUACUCGCAUACGAUUGAUCCAUUGCUUUGCCAAUUCUACCCUAUGGGUGACCGUGAAUGAUGAAGUCUAUAUUUGUGGCGACAAUGCUCUAUGUGAAAUGGGCAUGAAAGACACAGAGAGUUGCAUCAUGACUCCAAUCUUGCAUCCCACACUCAGUUAUCAAGGAAUUUCUAAAUUCUUUGGAACGAACAAUAUUUUCGCUCUCACCUACGAUGGUAGAAUCUAUUGCUGGGGAAGUAAUGAGAAUAAUGAACUCGGCCUUGACGAGGAGACUCUUUGUGACAACCCAAAUGGUAUUGAAACACCCGUUCGUAAUUAUUUCCUCGAAGGAAUUUCUCGAACCGUUUGGGAACGAGGAUACAAACUUGAACUCUCUGCUGGCUUCAACCAUACCAUUGUUUACUUUAAGAACAUUUCCAAAAUGGUGACCAUGAUGUUCUCAAAAUUAGAACAAGCUUCUAAGGGUAGUGAAUAUGCAAGUAGCUUUUCCGAUAUUUCUAUUCGAAUAAUAGAAAUGACAGAAAAUGGAAUUGAACAUGGUAUGACCAAGGAUGAAAAUGGAAUCGAAAACACCCAUUCUGAGAGCCUGUUGGUGAAACGAAAGCUUUCGACAAGUCUCUCUUCCUCCUAUGGAGAGGAAGAUGAAGAGAGCAACAACUCAACUUCUCUCCAUUACGGUGGUGGACACACCAAGAAAUCAAAGCCCUAA